GUCGGAUUCCAUUAUCCCACUUGUCGCUCUCACUGCCAGCUUUGGAGGAGAGAGUUUCCCUCUUGUCUGCGAUCAAAGCCUGGUGUUACUCCACCGACAGAUGCAACGACGUAUUAUUGCUGCCACUUACUGAGGGGCAACUCUGGAAUCAUCCCACCAGUAGGUCGAAAGCCAACUAACUCUCCCACGAAAAUAACCCCAUAUGCCCGGGCCUUUUUUGGCGCUCUUCUUCUUCUUCUUCUUUCUUUUCUAUUCUCCCUCUAUAUCUUAUUGAAAGUGAGAUCCAUACUUCCCAAGAUGCGUCAUCAUGUGUGCCACCUCCCCAAUGGCCAGUCGUUUACGGUCUCCCCAGUCUUUGGCGGCGUCACUUUCAAGUCUAACAACUUGAAUGUAAACAACGCCAUACUGCCUCCCGGAUGGAAUAUCGUGCUCUCCACGUCCCAGGCGACUGAUAAGCCAGCAGAGGGCGAAGCAAAGGAAGCACCACCCGAUGAGGAGCGUGGACGGGCUCGCGAGGUAGCGGGGAAAGAUGCAAACCGGCCCCGGGUUACUCGGUUUACGGCACCUACUAUGUCCAGCGAUGAGCUCUAUAUCUCCUACAUUGUGAACCCCCCCGAUAGCGACUACAAGCCUGUUAUCUCGCCCUCCCGUCAGAUCGCCAUGAUGCUCUGGGUGACGCUCUCCUGGUACUUCCACGAGCCGGAGCCGGAUCUCCACAUCCAGACAGAGGCUUCCUCGCGCACCCCGGCCACGGGCAAACCCAAGGGAGACUGGCGAGUCAGUAUCAAGCGCGAGGGUAUCUUCAAGGGCCGCAAUGUGCUCCAGAAACUGGAGCGCAUGGGGCUCAUCGCGUGCGAAGACUCCUCUGUGGGACUGGACCAGGACAGCGAAAACGCUUGGGCGCACAUGUUUGUCAGCCGGCGCAGUUUCUGGCAGCUUGAUGCGCGUCUGUAUCUCUUCACCCUGAGCCCGCAGUCUGUCCCGCAGUCUGCGGGGGGGUCGCCGUUCAUGAGGCUUGCCUCCCCCACCCGGGAAAGCUUGUACCUGACCGAUCCCAAUGUCCGGCCGGCAUCUGCAGAUUCUGCUGCUGCCUUCCACUACACGCCCAGUGAAGGACCGUUCGGAUCUACAAGCCAUCUCCCCACGUAUUUCCCACCUCCUCCGUCCCAGUACACCUUUACAAAUGGAGUCAGGCAUCCGAUGAGACCGAAACCACCUCACCAAGGCGACUUGUUCUAUGUUCGUUAUAUUCCUAGUGUUCAGCAAUACCUCUCCUUCCGAAUCCCGUGUCUGCCGUCAUCGAACCCCAGGUCCGCCGGACCGACUCCAGCUCGUGAAUACAGCCCUGCACCGAAUAGCAUGGAGUACCCAGCAACAGCCCCAAGCGCCCUGUCAGACCUCGACUACCUGCACAAAUGGAUGAAUGACCCUCGCGUCAACGCCGCGUGGGGCGAAAGCGGGCCCAUCUCCAAACAAGACCGCUUUCUGCGCGAGAAUCUCUCCAAGAACCACAGUUUCCCCGUCAUCGGCUGCUGGGACGGCCAGCCGUUUGGCUACUUCGAGAUCUACUGGGUCAAAGAAGACCCGCUGGGCUCCCUCAUCGGCGGCGUGGACAACUACGACCGCGGGAUUCAUUUACUUGUGGGAGAGCAGGAAUUCCGUGGUCCGCACCGGGUUUCGGCCUGGCUGAGUUCCUUGGUGCAUUUCUGCUGGUUGGCAGAUAUGCGAACGCAGACGGUUAUGUUGGAGCCACGAGUAGACAAUGAAAAGAUAAUCAAAUACCUUCAAAACGCAGGCUUCUACAAGGAAGGCGAGGUGACGUUUCCUCAUAAACAAUCAGCAUUGAUGAAGGUCCGGAGAGACUCCUGGGAGUGUCCUUCUCUGUAAUGUUGCGCUCUGUUUAGGGUUGGAGUUUGGGCAAUGCGUUUCAGAAAGAAGUCCAUCCAACCGAGUAUGGAAUGAUCGAUGAUAAAAUCUUAUAUACUCAAUAGAAUAAUAUCACAUAGCAUAGCAUGGUUUGGUUAGUUUAUCCUGCCUUUUUUUUAUUUUUUUUAUUUUUAUUUUUUUUUUUUUUUUUGUGGGUUGUAUGUAUGUGCAUGUAUAUAUAUAUAUGUGUAGUUAUAUAUAU